UUUUCUUUUUCCAUCUUCCCUCUCCCGUCUCCUCCUCUCGUCACGUAACGAUAUUUUGUGGUCUGAAUCUGUUGGUUGGAUCAGCGUCGGAGGAAGAUAAUGGCGGACGAAAUGGAGAAUUCUACGCCUGCGGAGGAGUCGUUGUUGGAGAAGAUCGCCGAUAAGAUCCACGAUCACGAUUCGUCGUCAUCGUCGGACUCGGAUAACGAGAAAAUGGAAUCUCCUUCGGCCGUCAAAGAGAAGAUUUAUCGUCUAUUUGGCAGAGAGAAACCUGUUCACAAGGUCUUCGGUGGUGGAAAGCCUGCUGAUGUGCUCUUGUGGAGGGAUAAGAAACUGUCGGCUGCUGUUCUCGGCACGACAACUGCCGUAUGGGUUCUGUUUGAACUGGUUGAGUAUCACUUGUUGAGUUUUGUUUGUCACAUUUCGAUACUCACCCUCGCAGUCCUGUUUCUCUGGUCUAAUGCUCACAGCUUUAUCAACAAGUCUCCACCGCAGAUUCCUGAAAUCCAUGUUGCUGAGGAGCCUUUCCUUCUCAUUGCUUCUGCGAUCAGAAAUGAGGUGAACCAUGCGUUUACAGUCUUGCGCAACAUUGCUCUGGGAAAAGACUUGAAGAAACUCCUGAAGGUCGUUGCCGGGCUGUGGGUCAUCUCCAUCGUGGGAAGCUGGUGCCACUUGUUGACACUGAUAUACAUCUGCGUUGUGGUGUUGCACACGGUGCCAGUGCUGUACGAGAAAAACGAGGACAAGGUGGAUCCUAUGGCAGAGAAGGCGUUCAUCGAACUCAAGAAGCAGUACUCAGUUCUUGAUGAAAUGGUUCUCUCUAAGAUUCCUAUUCGCCCUCUCAAACCAAAGGUGGUUUAGUAUUUGAUUGUGCUGUUGCUGUUCCCCGACCCAAAGUUCAGAGUUCCCCACCGAUUUGAUCGGUUUGUUCCAAUAUCCAGAAUUCGUUUCUGUCGGCUUAUUAUUUAUGUAAUCAAAUUCGGUAUGUGUUCAUGCGUAUACAUAAUAAUACCCGGUGAUUGAUCGUUA